AUGUCUUCCGGGAUUACCAAAACGAGCAGGAUACAACUCGAAGCAGAAACCCCAGACUCAGUCGAGAAAUCAGAUCAUACAGAAGUGGUCCUCGAGUCUCUCGAGACCGCAAAACAGAGAUUCGUUUCCAAUACUACAGUCCGAUUGGAAGCAAAAGAUCCACUAAUGACUGCUUUCCAAGACCCCAAGCAUACGAAGAAGCCAGCGGACUGUAUAUCUACACUUAAUUCAUUCGAACACCCAAACCAGGAAGCCAUGGAUCUUGGUAUUAUAAUUUCUCCCCGGAAAAGCCCUUACCUUCCACGGCGCCCCUCCUUCUCCUGCUCCCCAACACGCCAACGCUUCCCAUACAUCUCACUUAUACCCCCAUACUACCUCCCCACUACAAUCACCCACUCCCCCGCUUUCCGCCGACUCUACCCAGGGAGUUACACAAUCUACCAACUUUAUUACAGCUUCCUAUCUACCACUCUACCCUUGCCGUUCUCCUUCCGUGCCCUACUUUCUGGCACUCUCAUAGGAGGUCACGGUAUCAAUGCAAUAGAGAAUGGUGAUAUAUAUGGAAGGAUUCCAUUGACGAGGCUAGUAUUUGAGAGCUUGGGGUCGCUGGGGGAGGAGAUUGUGAUGCCAUGGCUGAGAGGUGUACGCGGAUUGAGGUGGAUAUUUGAGCAGGACAUCAGUGAUUUAGGGCCUGUAGAACUAACGGGAUUGAAAGGAAUUAAGGUGAGGGUUGCUACUGCCACUGUUAAUAUUAAUGUUGAUAUAGAUGAGAUGGAGGACCCUAAGUGGACGUUUUAUGAAUGUGUGACUGAGGGGACCGAGGGUAGGCUUGCCUAA